AUGGCUCCCUUUCGUCUAGACGAGGGCUUCUCGGAAGAUGUGUCGAGUCAGGAAGAACAUGGGCGCAUGGCUACAGCCACAGCCGCAAGUUUUCAAGAGUGGGUCAUGACACAGAAUGAACAGGCACGCGCCGAAAUCGCAUACGAAGUCUUGCGAACACUACGAACAUCUAAAAUCGCGGCCGUGGUCGAGCGGCUGACACCACUCCUACAUCUCGACCCGUUGGAAAAACUGCCACCAGAAAUCACCUCACAGGUAUUCUCCUACCUGGACGCGGAGACUCUGUUGACUGCUUCACUGGUUUCAAAGACAUGGAGAGCACGUAUCAUGGACACGAUGUUGUGGCAGGAGUUGUACAAGAGGGAGGGGUGGGGUCUUGACACAAAGGAGGUCGGCAAAUUUGAGAGCGCCCUCAUGCGACAGGAGGCUAAAAGGGCAAGGAUGCUGCUAUCGGGCCAGCCUCAGCUAAAAAAACGAGCCACCUCCGACUGGUUGGAGUCAAAGGGGCGGAAAGUCUCUGCGGACGUUUCUCAGUGGAAAGAGCAGCAUGGUGUGAUAGAGGCUGACGAAGACAUGAAAUCCGAGUCAAGUGAUGAUCAAGAAAUGCAAGAUGCUCCUACCAGCAUACACAAUUCCCCGCAGCGGCCGAACAAGAGACAAAGUGCAGAUUCUGGGGAUGAGAUGGAUUAUUUGUCGGAUGCAGUCCCCAGAGAUGACAGUCUUUCCGCGAGCAGAGGUGCCCAGUCUCCUGACCCUCCGAUCAAGACAAAGCUCGUCACCUAUGGCUCUAAUGGCGAGGAAAAGCUGAAUUGGAUUCAUCUUUAUAAGCAGCGCCAGAAGCUGGAACAGAACUGGACCAAGGGUCGAUAUACUACCUUCCAGCUCCCUCAUCCCUCUUAUCCUCAGGAAGCACAUACAGAGUGUGUAUACACCGUCCAAUUCUAUGGGAAAUGGUUGGUAAGUGGCAGUCGCGACAAGACGCUGCGAGUUUGGGAUCUGGAGACCCGCCGUUUGAGGGGAAAGCCUCUAUCCGGUCACUCUCAGUCAGUGCUCUGUCUUCAAUUCGAUCCGACGGAGAAAGAAGAUGUCAUCAUUUCUGGCAGCAGCGACGCAAGCGUCAUCAUCUGGCGGUUCUCGACAGGCCAGAAAAUCCACGAAAUCCCCUCUGCACACGAAGAGUCCGUUCUUAACCUGAGGUUCGAUCACCGGUAUUUGGUCACUUGUUCCAAAGAUCGACGCAUCAAAAUUUGGAAUCGGAAGUUAUUGACCGCGACGGAUAAAGAUUACCCUCAGGUCAGACGCGGCGGCCAAGCGCGGGUGCCAUCAUAUAUUGUCAACACUGCGGAGAUGGAGCCGUCUCUCUUGGAAGCAAGGCUCGCCAACGGGUCGAUCCGGGCGCUGAAACCAUACACGCUUCUGCUGACCCUCGAGGGACACAGCGCUGCCGUCAACGCUAUCCAGAUUAACGGCGAUCUCAUUGUAUCUGCCUCGGGUGAUAGACUCAUCAAAGUCUGGAAUGUCAAGGAUGGAAGGUUGAUUCGGACGCUACAAGGACAUCAGAAGGGAAUUGCCUGUGUCCAGUUUGACGACAGACGUGUCGUCAGUGGGAGUAGUGACAACACCGUACGGAUAUUCGACCCCUAUUCCAGCGCCGAGGUGGCAGAGCUUAAAGGCCAUACGAAUCUUGUGCGGACCGUACAGGCUGGGUUCGGUGACCUCCCUGGAAGUGACGAAGAGGACACGGCCAAGGCAAGAGCCGCGGAGUGGAAAUUUAUCGAAAGUCUCGUGCAAGGUAAUUCGGCGCAAGACAGAGCGCACAGUCGACACAACAGGAAUGACACCUCGGGAACCUCUCGGUUCUCUCUGGGCUCUAGAUUACCACCUGGUGGAGGUGGCAGCAAAUGGGGUCGGAUCGUCUCGGGAUCAUAUGACGAGACAAUCAUCAUAUGGCGCAAGAAUGCGUCUGGAGACUGGGUUAUUGGACAAGUGUUGCGUCAAGACUCUCCAUCUCAGAGCCACGAAGUUCGUGCUCGACCGCGGCACGGUGCUGCCACUGGCGUACAGCACGCUCCGCUACCAGUGAUGCAGCCUCCUCUCAGCCUCGCAUCGCUCACGGCGGCAGGGUCCCAACCCCCUCCAGCAGCGGCCCAGCUGGCUCCUCUGGACCUCACUGAUCCUGCUGAAGCAACCCGUCGAGCCGUCACGACAGCAACAUCACAGGUCAUGCAGCAGGCAAUGGGGACAUCGAUAGCGAACCUGGGCGCAGGCCUCACCAACGUCAUGAGUAUCGGGAGGGUGUUGAAUGCCUCGACCGGGACUGGGACUCCGCGUGACAGUCUCAAUCUCACCGGCAAUGUUAGCCCCAGCUCUCCGAACCACGGGAACUACGCGCAACCAGUGGUUACUACACAACCCCAGUUAGCUGUUGCCCAGAUUGUACAGAAUGCGAUCAUGCAAGCUCGGGCACUGCAGACUCGGACACAGCAGAUGCAAAACCGGCUGUCAUCAGGUGAAUCAUCUACGGGUGGUCAAACCCAGCCUCAGCCUCAGCCACAACAACAACAGAACCCUCUUCCACAUCAUCCUGCUCUGCCUCAUCCUCAACCCGGACCUUCCCCCGCAGCUGCUGCAGCGCAACAACAAUUAGCUCAGCAACAAGCCCAGGCUCCAGCCAAUAACCAGCCUGCCAUUGGCCAUACUGAUGCGAAUGCCACGAAUGGGGCGAACCAGGUGUCUGUCUCCCGUGUGUUCAAACUGCAGUUCGAUGCCCGUCAAAUCGUGUGCUGCUCACAAGACAGCCGCAUUGUCGGAUGGGACUUUGCCAACGGCGACCCCGAGAUCAUCGAAGCAUGUCGAUUUUUUGUUGGGCCAUGA